UGUAACUCUGCGAUUCCUGCUAAUAAUGAAGUUACCGCUGUAGUAAAAAAAAGAGAUACAGUUCAAAGCAUAGCGCUAACAUACCUAUCUAACAGAGAGCGGGGAGGGAUUAAUUCGGAGGGAUUAUCUCUCAGGAGCAGGAGGGUUCUCUCUGACGAGACUUUGUGCGAGACUAUGAGUGAUGUUGCCAUAGCUCUGGUCGUGAUUAUAGUCGUUGCGGCCGUGGCGAUUGUGAUCGCGGUACUUAUUAGACUUUAUGGGAUCUACCAUCUGACGUCAUGUUUCGCAUCUAGUGAAGAAAAAGCAGUGCUAACUCAACAUGAGCAGUAUAACGGGUAUAUGGUCAACUCGGAAUCGUCAGAGUUUGUGUUGGAUACAAGUGGGAAGUAUGUGCAGUACGAUAAUGUUGUGAAUGAUUCACGUUAUGGACAAACGGAAUCCCCAAUUCCGGAUAGUGCUCGCAGCAGUCCAGUUUCUGUGGGAAAUGCAUCUGUUGCGUCUGAGGCAGAAAUGCCACCUGCGAUUCGUCGAGCCGAGUCAUGUGAGAGUGUGGCCUCUGAUUCGUCCGUUUUGGAAAUGCAACCUGAUAUGCCUAAAAUAGGACAACUUGAAUUCGCCUUGGAAUACGACAGGGAAGUUUCGGAGUUGAUAAUAAGUAUUAUUCAGGCACGUGACUUAACACCUAAUCAAUAUUCUGGUACACUAGAUACGUACAUCCGGGGAAUUAUUCUUCCAAAUUCUGACGCUAAAUUCCAGUCAAAGGUUCAGAAAGGCACGGUGGAUCCAAUUUUCAAGGAGAGGUUCUUGUUUGGAAUAGAACCGGAGGAUAUCCCCAACAGAAUGAUCCAAUUUCAGGUGUUCUCAGUAGACAAAUACGCUCGGCAUAAAGUCAUAGGAGAAUCCGAAAUACGACUGGGGGAUAUCGAUCUGCGCAUGCCCAUAAAAAUGUGGUUAAAUCUUCGCGAUAUUGAUGAGAAACCAACAGAGUAUGGCGACAUGCUGUUUUCUCUAAGCUAUUUACCAACUGCUGAGCGUCUGACGAUAGUAAUAGUAAAGGCGAGGAAUCUUAAGUGGGCGGAUCCCACCCGGGAGUCCGGAGAUCCUUUUGUGAAAGUUUAUCUGAUGCAGAAUAAUAGAAAAGUCAGCAAAAAGAAAACAACAAUAAAACGAGGGGAGAAGAACCCGAUAUUCAAUGAAGCGAUGAUCUUCCCAGUUCCUUCAUCUGCUUUAUCGACUGUACAGUUAAGAAUAACCGUUGCAGAACAUAUCAUGGAUGGGAAAACACCAUCGCUUGGUCACGUGAUUGUUGGUGCUAACACUUCCGGUACAGAACUAUCACACUGGAAUCAAAUGAUAUCAUCACCAAGGAAACCUAUAGCCAUGUGGCACUAUUUACGGAAAUAACAACAGCUCGUUCCUGACUCUGCUAUUUACGGAAAUAACAACAGCUAGCUGCUGACUAGGUUGACAGACUACUGCUAUUUACUGUUAAAAAUCAAAUAUACGUGAUUUAAAUUAUAUUGUUCUAAUUAUUAUGAUUAUAUCAUGAUAUGAAUUGUUUAAAUGUGAAUAUAUAAGUGUUUGUAAUAAAUUUGUUUUUGAUUAA